CGGUCGGGUCAACACAGCGAUGGCGCAGGAAAUCGGCGGGAAACAUUGGCUGCUAGGGUUUUUUAACAGUUUGGUUUCGCCAUUGGACACGAGAAAUCGCCGGAGGUGUCUCAAUUCCUUGUUCAGAAUGCUGUGGGUUGACAAGUACAGGCCCAGGGUCCUCGACAAGAUAACAGUCCAUGAAGAAAUUGCGCAAAACCUAAAGAAGCUGGUUUCGGAGCAGGACUGCCCGCAUCUUCUGUUUUACGGGCCACCAGGAUCGGGGAAAAAGACUAUGGUCAUGGCCCUACUCAAGGAAAUGUUUGGCGCUUCGGCUGAAAAGGUGAAGUUAGAGCAGAAGGCAUGGAAGAUCGAUGCCGGAACACGUACUAUAGAAUUGGAAUUGGCCAUGCUAGCAAGUACCCAUCAUGUGGAGCUGAAUCCAAGUGAUGCAGGUUUCCAGGAUAGAUAUAUUGUUCAAGAAAUCAUCAAGGAAAUGGCAAAAAAUAGGCCCAUUGAUUCAAAAGGCAAAAAAGGAUUUAAAGUUUUGGUGUUGAAUGAAGUAGACAAGCUUUCAAAAGAGGCACAACAUUCUCUCAGAAGAACUAUGGAGAAAUAUAGUUCAUCCUGCAGGUUAAUCUUAUGCUGCAAUAGCUCUUCUAGGGUGACCGAGGCUGUUAGAUCUCGCUGUCUAAAUGUGCGUCUCAAUGCACCGAGUGCUGAACAGAUUAUUGAAGUUUUAGAGUUAAUUGCCAAAAAGGAAAGCCUGCAGCUUCCACCGGGAUUUGCUGCGCGUUUAGCUGCACAAUCAAAUCGAAGUUUGAGAAGAGCAAUCUUAUCCUUUGAGACCUGUCGAGUGCAGCAAUAUCCAUUCACAGUGAACCAAGCUAUUCCACCAUUGGACUGGGAACAGUAUGUUUCGGAAAUAUGUUCUGACAUAAUGAAGGAGCAGAGCCCUAAAAGGUUAUUUCAAGUACGUGGAAAAAUAUAUGAGCUGCUUGUUAACUGCAUUCCUCCUGAAAUCAUCCUAAAGAAGUUAUUGUCAGAGUUAUUGAAGAAGCUAGACUCGGAGUUAAAGCAUGAAGUUUGUCACUGGGCUGCAUACUAUGAACACAGGAUGCGGCUCGGCCAGAAGGCUAUAUUUCAUAUAGAAGCUUUUGUGGCCAAGUUCAUGAGCAUCUACAAGGCAUUUCUGAUAGCAACAUUCGGCUAGAAGGGAUCAAAGCAGGCUCAUUUGAAAUUUUAUCCCGCUGAGACUUUCUGCUAAAACUUGGUUAGCGGCCACAGCCAUUGCUUAGACGGAAUUAAUCUCAUAUAUAUAUUUGGUUAAGUUGCCUGACUUUGUAGAAGAAAAUUUUACUGUACUCUCUCUCUAAAUUUUGCCCAGUAUUGAAUGUAGGAAUGGCUUUUUGUUCUGCUAGACAGUUAAAUAUGUAAGGGUGGUAGCCAAGUAAAAUAAUAUGUUGGUUCAGUUUUAUCAGUUUGGCUUGUUAUGAUUUGCAAUAUUGCAUAAAUUAAUGGUGAUUUUGAAAACUGAGUAGAA